AUGUCUGAGAAGCAAGCAAUCGAACGAGAUUCGUCCCGGUCUUCGGAUCAGGGUAGUAAGAAAGAACCGUCCGACUCGGUCAAGCUUGACCAAACGGACGAAGACAUCGAGCGAGAGAGAAAUAAGAUUCUGCGCGAGCAGGAAGAUCUCCGCAAGCAAGAUGCGCCAAUCAUUCCCAUUAUGUCCUUCUUCAAGAAGAGAAAGGGCUACGACGAGAAUGCUAUAGCAACCCAGCCCUCGGUCUACGACAACCCUUCAACUGCGAAGUUCUUCCAGCCGCAUCCGCGGUACGAAAAUCUUCAUCGGUUCGACCCGUCCUUCCGCUGGACUUGGGGCGAGGAGCUUCGACUCAUCAACAAGCUGGAUUGGAAGAUUACUCUUUUUGCCUGCCUUGCAUUCUUCGCACUGGAUCUUCCCCGUGGCAAUCUGAGUCAAGCAAACUCCGCAUCCUUCCUCGAGAGCCUCGGCAUGGACACGAACGAUUAUAACUUGGGAAACACGGUCUUCCAAAUAUCCUUCUUGCUGGCAGAGUUGCCGUCGCAAAUGAUCAGCAAAAAGAUCGGACCAGAUCGCUGGAUACCUUUCAUCAUGUGUUCAUGGAGUCUGGUGUCCGGGUGCCAGUUCUGGCUCAGCGGAAGAACUUCUUUUCUUGUCUGCCGUGCGCUGAUUGGCGUACUUCAAGGUGGUUUCAUUCCGGACAUGGUGCUUUACCUCACCUACUUCUUCAAGUCUACUGAGCUACCGUUUCGAUUGGCCAUGUUCUGGACUGUUCGCCGCAUCACGGAUAUCGUUGCGCCACUAUUGGCUCUCGGUGUCCUCCGUAUGGAUGGGAUCAACGGAUACGACGGCUGGCGCUGGCUAUUCCUGAUCGAAGGCAUCCUGACGAUGUCAAUCAGUAUAUGGGCCUGGUUCAUGAUGGCUCCGUCACCAACGCAGACCAAAGCCCCCUGGCGACCAGCCGGAUGGUUCAACGAGCAGGAAGAAAAGGUAUUGGUCAACCGAAUCUUGCGGGAUGACCCUUCAAAGUGUGAUAUGCACAACCGACAGGCUAUCACUCCCAAGCUACUGCUGAAAUCUUUGGCCGACUGGGAGCUCUGGCCCAUCUACAUCUUCGGUCUCAUUUGGGAGAUCCCGGCCGGACCACCCGACCAGUACCUCACUCUCACGCUGAGAAAUCUGGGCUUCAGUACGAACGACACCAACCUGCUCAGCAUUCCACCCCAGUUUCUUGGCGCAGUUUUCAUGAUGAUGACAACGUAUUUGUCCGAGAUCUGGGACUCGAGAGCGUUGUUCGGUGCUUUCACUCAGCUCUGGUACCUUCCUAACCUGAUUGCCAUGGCUGUAUUACCAUCAAAUAGCAGCCCAUGGGCGCAAUAUGCUGUGGUUACAGUUCUGCUUUCCUAUCCCUCGCCGCACGCGAUGCAUGUUUCUUGGGCCUCGCGCAACUCCCAUUCCGUCCGCACCAGAGCAGUUUCUGCAGCUUUGUACAACAUGAUGGUUCAGCUUGCUCGCGUUAUCUACUCAAACAUUUAUCGUGAGGAUGACCGGCCUGAAUAUCGGCGCGGAAACAGAGUACUGAUUGGGAUCUGCUGUAUGAACAUCUGCAUCUACCUUCUUGCGAAGCUGUUCUACAUGUGGUGCAACUCGAAGCGCGAGAAGGAAUGGAACGCCAUGACAGAAGAAGAACGCAACCACUACUUGGAAACUACCACAGACCAAGGCAGCAACAGAAAGGAUGUGCGGUUCAAGCACUAG